CUCCACAAAUCCGUUGCCGUCGGUCCCAUUUAUAUAGUAACCGACUUGUAAGCGUAAAGGCGCGUGUGAAUCCCCCUGCGAAAGAGAGAAAUAUAGUGUGCAGUUUACGCUUGACAAGGAUACUCCAAAUUCUCCCCACCAAAAUGUUUAGAUUUCUCGCCUUGACCACCUUGGUGGCUUUGGCUUCCAGCCAGCAAUAUCACCAGGACCCCAAGACGGCGGCCAUUAUCAGUGAGCAGCGUUAUCUUUCCGGAGAUGGUAAAUUCGGAGCUGCCUAUGAGCAGGAGGAUGGUAUUAACUUCAAGGAGGAGACUGAUUCGGAUGGAACACGUCAUGGCAGCUACAGCUAUGUGGAUCCCUCUGGCCAGAGGCGCACUAUUUCUUACACCGCCGGCAAAAAUGGUUUCCAAGCUUCCGGAGAUCAUUUGCCGCAGGCACCACCUGCACCACCACAGCCCGUGCCCACUUCAGGAUACCAGCCACAGCAGCAGUAUCAGCCACAGCAAUACCAGGCUCCUGCUCAGCAGCCACAGGCCUCCUUCCGCAGCAACGAUUACGGAGAUGAUGGAUCCUACGAUCCCCGCUACAACGAUCCCUCUUUCGGGCAGAACCAGCAGAGCUACCAGCAGCCCGCUCCCCAGCCCCAGUACCGCCCUGCCCCGCAGCCCGCCUACAAUCCCCAGCCCGUGCAGCCCCAGCAGCAGCAGCAGUAUCAGCCCCAGUACCAGCAGCCCCAGCCCCAGCAGGCGUACUACCCAACCACCACCCCCAACCCACAUCGCUUUUCGCCACCCGGAAAACUGUCCCUGAACCGCACGCCCGACGGCUUCACCUACUCCUUCAACAAGGUCUAGGCUUAGUCCACCCCCUCCCUCCCCACUACUAACUCAGACAUGUUGCAUCUUCUUCAUUAGGGACACCCUCUUCUUAUAUUACUUCCCCUAUCACAGCUAGAUUCUUUACUCUCUUCUUGACUCCAUCAAAACUCUUGUGUGAUAAUGUUUAAGAGCAAAUUGUAACUAUGUAUCGUACUUCCUAUAUGCGUACUGUUUGUUUGUAAUUUAUAAUCCUACACAGAGAAAAUAAUAAGUCAUACCCAAGGGGUAUUGUCAAUUAAAAUUUUAAAUAUUCAGAAUAUCACUUGGAUAUUUUUGAAAUAUACAAAACAAAAUCAUGAUGAAAUUUUUACCUUUUUCUCUGUGUUUUCCCAAAUCCCCUUCAUAUUCUUAUAUUUAGAAAAGCGAAGCCAAUAAACUUCGAAUAU